GUCUUGCCGUCGAGUUCAGGCAACUCGAUCUUGGGAGCAGUGAUCGGAUGGAUAAGUAAUAGGAUAUUAAACUAAUCGUAUGAGCAAUUGCCAGUUAGUUCAUGCCUCUCCGUCUCUGAAAUCAUUUUUUGUUUCAGAUGCCAAUAGAAACAGUCAAACAACGGCGACAUCGAAUCCAAAAUGCCGGCUCUCCCCAAAAACCCGAAUUCCUCCGCGCGGCUGUUGGCGGACAGCGCGGAGGCGGAGCGGCGACUGCUGGAGGCGGAGGAGCGAUUGAGGGAGGCCAUAGAGGAGCUCCAGAGACGUCAGAGGACGGCGGCGAGUGGCCAACACCCGCCAUGCGACCACGCUGACGACUCCUGCGUGGCCAACGCCAUUGGUAAUCUUUGCCAAAGCUUUCUCCUUUCUUAUGGUGUUAGAGUGGGCAUCGGGAUUCUUCUUCGCGCUUUUAAGCUAGCCAGAAGACAGUCUUAUUCUUCGCUUCUUGAUCUCAAGCAACUUGUCUCUGAGAAAGAUUUGAUAGUAAGAGAAGAAGCAUGCCGUGUUGGUUUACUUUUUGGUGGCUUCACAGGAUCAUACCAUGCGCUUAGAUGUUUACUAAGAAAGCUGAGAAAGAAAGAAACACCAGUGAACGCAAUUUUAGCAGGUUCAAUUGCGGGUUUGUCUGUUUUGGCUUUAGAUGAUUCAAACCGAAGGCGUACACUUGCACUGUAUCUUUUGGCUAGAGUAGCCCAGUGUGCUUAUAAUUCUGCAAAGUCAAAAAAUAAGUUUCACUUAUGGGGAAGCCAUUGGAGGCAUGGCGACUCUUUGCUCUUUGCUUUAGCAUGUGCCCAGGUUAUGUAUGCCUUUGUAAUGCGUCCCGAGAGCUUGCCAAAAUCAUAUCAGGAUUUUAUUCAGAAGACUGGUCCUGUUGCAGCUCCUGUAUACAAGGCUGUAAGGGAGAACUGUAGAGGUAGUCCAGUGGAUGUUGCAUCUAUAUCCGCCUACUUAUAUCGCCGAGGGAAGUCCAAUAAUGUGAAGUUGGAAGAGUUCCCUUCUAUUAUUCCUUGUUCUGUUAUUCAUCCAGACACAAAUUCUUGUCUAGCUCACAAUGCUAAUGCAGCUUCGGCUACAUUUAGGAAAACAUUUCCGCUAUACUUCUCUUUGACAUUUGUGCCAUUUGUUGUUCUGCACCUACAAAAGUUUAUGGAUACCCCUGCUCGUACCUUUUGGCUUGCUGUUAAAGGUGCUGUUCGAUCAACAACUUUCUUGUCUGCAUUUGUUGGAAUUUUUCAGGGGGUUAUAUGCAUGCAUAGAAAGAUUGCAUCAAAAGACCAUAAGCUGGUAUAUUGGGUUGCUGGUGCUAUAGCAGCUCUUUCUGUAUUACUGGAGAAAAAAACCAGACGCAGUGAACUUGCUCUAUAUGUUCUUCCGCGAGCAGGAGAAUCAUUAUGGUAUAUUUUAGUAAACCGGCACCUGCUUCCUGAUAUUAAAAAUGCUGAGGUGGCCUUAUUUUGUGGAUGCAUGGGAGGAAUCAUGUACUACCUAGAAUAUGAGCCAGACACCAUGGCCCCCUUUCUUAGGGGUCUAAUCCGCCGCUUCCUGGCUAGCAGAAUAAGCAAUCCAGGCUCUUCAUCUAAUCGGACAGCUUCAUACACGUACUUGCAGACUCUUGAUGCCAUGAAUAAGCCACAACUACAGGACAACCGAGAGGUCGAAACUUCAACUCCUAAACAAUACAACCUUGAAUCUAUACCAGGGCUCUAAGCAUGUUUUUGUUGCCUAUUAUAUCAUUCUGAAAUUCAGUCAACCAUCCAUUCUUUGUAAUUUAUGUAGACUUUUUUGCUAAAAAUAUAGUAGUAGAACAUUGUACAAGGGGAUUAGUGAUGAUGCAGUGCCUGUUAAGGCAAAUAACUGAAAUAGAGGGAUUUAUUUGUAAUCCCACUGUAGGUUCUCUCCUAACCUUAUGUGUACUCUGUACUCCACCACAGGAGUCGUUGUUAUUGAAGAGACUUUGAACGCGAGGAAAUGAUAUGUGAUGCUAAAUGUAAAGAUUGUGCAAAGGAUUUGCCUCUGCCCACUGUAAAUAAUCUCAGUUGCUGUCUAUUCCACUGUUCA